AUGGCGUCUGAUCAGGAGAGACAGAAUAGUCUCGUUAUUACGUCGUGCUUCUUCACUAUCAUAUCGACCAUUGUGGUUAUAGCACGUACUUUCGUCCGGACUGUACUAAUCCGGAAGCCUGGGCUUGAUGACUACUUCAUCAUCAUUGCUCUUAUCUUCACCUUGGGAUAUCUCGCUGAGGUCUUCGUCGGCAAAGCGAACCACAUCGGCUUCCCUAUGGCAACAUUGUCACUGGAGAACAUGACGAGCCUGCUCAAGAACACAUUGGCUAUUCAAGUGACGUAUUAUACUUGCAUUUCGUCUAUCAAGAUUUCAAUAUUGUGCAUGUACCUCCGCUUCGCGGUGACGAGAUCGUUCAAUGUUCUUUGCAUUUGCACCAUCGCGUUCCAUGCACUCUUUUUCAUCAUUUGCAUCGCCGUCACGUUAUCGCAAUGCCAGCCACUUUACAAACAGUGGGACAUAACGCAGACGGUCCCCGGGAACUGCAUCAACACCACCGCAUUCUUCUACUUCACGUCUGGGUUCAAUAUCAUCACCGAUAUAUGGAUCCUUAUCCUGCCGAUCAAGACCCUUAUGAGCAUCCUUCGUCCACGCAAAGAAAAGGCUGCUCUAGCCAUCAUCUUCGGCGUAGGCGCAUUCGCCACAAUUACCUCAAUCAUCCGCCUCCAUACGAUAUACACGUACACGUUGGCCGAAGACCCUUUCAAGGAGAGCGUCUUGGUCAACGUCUGGUCUAUGCUGGAGAUCAACAUCGGCAUCAUCUGCGCCAGCGUUCCCGCCCUGAAACCCCUUUUCACACCCCGAGCUCUCCGAGAAGCGGCGAAGCGAAACAGAAGCACGGGAUACCAAUACCACAGCCAAGAAAGAUCGGGAUAUGACUCGAACAAGUCGGGCAACUCGAAGCCUAGUGGUCAAGACGAACCCUCGUAUGCGAUGGAUCGAAUCGGGGGACAGUGUAGUACCCAGACGGUGAUACAAGCUACACCUCGAGUCUCAGGGAGCCAAGAGAGUAUAUGGAGAGGAUAG